GUAAUUUGACACCAGCUUCAGCACAACAAUCCCCGAACAGCUCCUCCACCUCAGUAGCAGCAGUACAGCUGUGAUCGGGGGGAGUCCGGGGGGGAGGAGAAAACGUCGGAAGAUGAUGAAGGUCCAGCCUGCUGGGACACACCGGGACCAAGGAUCCGGGUCUGAUACCUGACGGACUGUGGCAGCAUAUGUUGUUUUAGCAGGAUCAUCUGGGCGCGGAGUAGUGUUUGCGUUAAUUGUUUUUGCUCCUUACGCGGACAGAUUAUUGGAGGGUUAAAGUUGGUCUGUGCGGAGCCGAGCUCUGCUGCUGCUGGCGCUGCGGAUCCAGAUGAUGCUUCGUGAUUCUGCUGAGUUUCUCUCGUCUUUUGUUGGCUCUCUGAGGAGGAAAGACAUGCUGAGCUGCACCGAGCUGAUCAGAUGAUUCUGCGCUCUCUCCCCGACAACUCAGAGAGUGUCGGUAUGCAGAUUUAACUGGAGCCAGUCUGAGAUCUGCGCCCUGCCCUGAGAGAGGCUCUGCAGCCGCUGUCUGCACGCAGGUGGACUCCAGGUUUAUCACCGACUGUAGAGCACUUUUAGUAAUCUGUGGGAUUAAAACAGCAAGUCUAGUUACUCAGAAUAAGUCUGUGUUCAUGUCUCCUGUCAGGGCAAUGAAUGAAACACCUGCACUAACUGAACAUUUCAGUGUAAUGGUUUCAGGUGCCCAGGUUUCCCCCUGGUAGGACUUUCUCUGUAGGCCUGUUCCUGCCCUCCCCCCAGCAGCUAUGGAUCCUCUCCCAGACUACUCUCUGUUCCUAGUUCGCAUCCUGGAGGAGCUGGACACCAAGCACAACACCAUGUCCUACCAGGACCUGUGCAAGUCCCUGUGUGCCCGCUUCGACCUGGUGCACCUGGCCAAGCUCCGCAGCCUGCUCUUCUACACGGCCUGCCUGGACCCCGCCUUCCCGGCCACUCUCUUCAAGGACAAGAUGCGCUGCUCCAUGGAGGACCCGCAGUCCAAGAAGCUCAUGGUGGCUGCAGACAUCGUCACCAUGUUUAACCUGAUCCAGAUGAACGGAGGCAUGGCCAAAGACAAGCUCCCCGCUGUGCAUCGAGCCAAGUUCCACAAAAACCAGUCUCUCGAUCUGUGCAGGUCACCAGACCAGGACCCUUUUAAGUUUCAAGACUGUGACAGAGGGGCCGGAUACGAGCACACGAGCCCCAGGGUGGGACACCACCACCACCAUCACCACCCUCACUGUCCUCAGCAGCACCCUGCAUCUCAGAGCUCCUCUCCCUGUCCCAAACCGCCCGACCUCAACAGCUGCCAGCAGUUUGUUCGCACCUCAGACCCAAACUUCCUCCUGGGGGUCAGCAAAGAGCUGAAAUGUAGAGCCGCCUCUCUGGACAAGCUGCAGCACCUGCCCCAGUACUCCAGCGGCAGCCCCCCCUCUCCCCCCUGUGAGAUGCAGAGCACCUACUUUCCCAUGGACAUCGACAGCGAGUCCAACACAGACCAGGAGUCCCUGCAGCACAUCAGCCAUCCAGAGCCCUUCUCUGUGCACCCCUGCAUCCAGAAGAGGAACAUCUUCAAGGAGGACUUCCACAACCUGGUGGCCUUCUCACCGCAGGUCUGUGUCACAGGGUGUGUUUGGGUCAUUUUGAUGUUGUGUUCAUCUUUAAGUCAGGUUUCAGAUGAACCAAAGUAAUUCUCUUAAUCAUCUUAAAAGUAAAGUAACUGUGUAUGUCCUAACAAUGCAGGCUAUACAUUGUAGUGUAUCACAGUGAAGAGUAACAAGCAACAACAGAUGAUUAUUUUUGGUUCAUUUGGCUAUUACUUGGCUCCAUCAACAUAAUGAGUUUCACAAUUGGCCUCUAGCUGGACUGUUUCCAGACAACACAAACACUUUCCUCUACUCUCAUUAAUUUAUGUGUUUACUGCUACAUAGCUGCCACUGUUAGUUUGUUUCCCUCAGUGAGAGUUGGUAAAUAGUUGAGUAAUUCUGAGUUAAUAAGUGGAACGAUGCACAGAGUGAGCAGUCAAAGUAGUGUUGGUCAGCACUCAGAGUGUUUGUUUCAAACAGACAAAGACUUACAAACAGACUCCAUGAUCAUGCACUAAUCAGAGUGAGGUGGCUGGGGAUUCAGUGCUGUGCUAAAGAGUACCUCAUGAUUUCUCAGGAGUUGAACUGGCACUUCUGCUGCCAGUAGACUAACCUCACUAUGUUGGUUUGUAAAUGGUAGAGAUGGGUGUAUGAUAACUUGUGUUGAGUGAACAUCACAAAUUUACAUGGAAGUGUUGGAGGUGUUUUUUGCCGGAGUAGAAGCAUCUCAUUUAAGUGAUGUCCGAAGUUUUGAUCAUCACCAGUACUUUAAAACCUCUUCAGUCAGCUUGAUCGGAAAAAAAAAGUCUCAAAUUUGAACUGUGUGAUCGGUAAGAAGGCAGGCAACCCCUUCAGCUACUGUACCUCCUUCAGCUACUGUACCUCCUAUGUUAGCCUCUGUUAUAAAUACUUAAAUGUGGCAUAGAUUAUGAUUUAUUUGCAACAAACUCACUCUGAAAAGUGUAAGUGGGCUCAUAUAAUUUGAACUAGAAAUGCUUGUAUAUAGAUGGAUGGACGUAGACAAAUUUACAGAUGAUUCUUAAUCCUCAACACACAAGUUUCUCUUACUGCUAUUUCUCAGAUAAACUAAAACAGUGAAAGGAGGUGUAUUGUUGCUUCAGACCAUUAUUUAGAGGGCUGUCAAUUCUUUGACAAGCUACCUUAAAUCACUGUGUUUACUGAAUCUCUUUCGGCAACGAGUUAAAAGAAAGCCCUCCAGCUUUAUAAGACAUCUACAGCAAAUCAGUCUCAAAACCCUUCAGCGAUUCUCAUCUAUUAGCAUCUAGAAAACAGAGGUGUUAUAUCUAACUAGGAACAGGUGCAAACUCUUCAGUUGUUCUGGUGUAGCAAGUUUACGUCUGCAAUCUAUACGCGUGUGCUCUGCCUGCUUUUGCUCUCCAUACAAACAAUUUCUCCUGUUGAUACUGAUUGGUUUAUUACUCAGAAAACAAGGUACUACAAAUGGAGACAAGAACACUUACCAUGCUGACAGUCCAGACUUGGUAUUCAGAUGUAAAAUCUGUAGAGAUGAGCAGCAAAGCAAAAAGCCGCUGUAUUUUUCACAUGCUGACUAGUAGCUUGGCUUCACAUCCAAAAACAGCACAGAGGAAAACAGUGGAGCCGAAUGUGUCUCUCUGAAUUAUUGUAAUAUAGAAACAUUUAAAUAUACAAAUACAGAAUGAUUUAAGUAACAUUAAUUUAUCAGUAGUCACUGCUGCAGAAAAACAAGGUUAAUAUUUCAUGUUCUCCAUCUUGUGCUUAAUCGACUAAAAUACUAAGGGGUGGCAGCAGGUCAGCCGCCGAGCAAUUCCACUUUGAUUGAUUUUAUGAUUCAUCCCCUGACCCGUAUUUUAUUGGAGUAUAUAAAUUAUGCAUAAACAGUUAGGCAGAUACUCUCACAGUGUCUAAUUAAUGAGCGGCUCCGACAUGCUGAUGGUCUGUCUGUUAUUUACAAAAUAGAAGAGAGGAUCUAUGGAUGCCUCAAAAGGGCUAAUCUAACAGAUUUAUUCCCUUAUAUUACAGUUGGAAAAGAAGUAAAAAUAUGACUUUUAUUAGGAUUGAUUCUGUAAAAAACAGUAUCCCUCUUGCCUACUUGCCCCUUGAGGCUUUUGCAAGUGUAUGUUGUACAAUUUGAGUUUCUGAAACUGCAUUUAUGGCAGUAGAAUAUUUUAGCACAUGAUGAAAGACUUGUUUUAUUAAAGCAGAUGUAUUUUACACAUUGUGACCUUUCAUAAUGUCAGUCUGGGGGCACAGAUAGAGUAGCUUGGCAUGAUUUGCUGCUCAGAAACUCUUUAUCUUAUACUUGCAUUCAUGAAAACCUUGAUUUCAGCAUGUUUCAGCCUCUGCCUAUAACGCCUCAUUCCAGUGAUGUACAGUUAGACACGGCAUGUGGGUGUUACUUUUCACACAGUCAUAAAACAAACUGAGAGUUAAGUUUACAGAAAAUGUCUGAGGGUAACUCCUGGCAACCAAGUUAGCUCUCUAUCAUGCAUCUGCUAUUACAUUAUUAUUGGAUCUUAUUCCUUACAUGGGAUUCCACCAGACCUGUGUUUAUAUUUCUGCCUGAUCUUCAUAGGCUUUGUUCUUACUUUGGCUUUUUUUGGUAUUAAGUGAAAAACAAUCUGGCAUCUACACAGUGUUUUACUUUGAAAAUUAACCAGACGAUUUGAUGUUUUAAUGUAUGGCUUCAGCUCCAGAUUAUUGGUGCUGGAACUGAGCAUAAACACGACAAAGCACACUAAGACAAUGUUGAUUCAACUGUUGAUUCAGGGGAUUUAAUGGGACCGUCUUUGUCAGAGUGCAUAAGCAAUGUUUAAUUAUUGACAGAAGCAUGUCAGCCUCUGCUAUGGCAGGUGGCAACAUGCCCCCUCAUGGGGCUGUCUACCUGUUGCUCUUCUGUCAUAUUAAAGUGUUCAAGUCUAUAGGUUGUACAUCCUACGAUGAAUACGCCAUCACUUUUCCAGCUUUGUACCUUUUGUACCUAUAAUACUACAGCUUCAUUUUUUUUUUUUUUACAAAGGCUUUUACUAAAUGUUGUUUAGGAUCUAUAAUCUCCUCCUUGUAUACUUGGCAGGCUCUACAUUUGCAUGCUGGGCUUUGACCUGGAAGUUGAACAGGUUUUGAAACAAACAAGUUUGGACAAAAAGGACAUGCCUUAUACACUGCAUGAUGGCACUAUGCCGGGGCACUAAGUUGUGUUGUUUCCCUCUAUCUAGAUCUUUGCUUGUGGUUUAUUUUCUCUCAAAUGUAUGCUACUUGCUGCUAAAUGACAUGGUAACAUUAUAGCUCGGUGUGUUUGUUGUGUGUUGCAGGUCAUCACUGCAGAGUGUAAGCAGGGUCAUGAGGCUUCAGCCGGCUACCACAGGAGGGAGCUGCACAAGCCUGCCACCUUCUUUAACCAUAGCUUCGAACUGCCCUACAGUAACCCCUACACAGAGCCCACACUCAACUCCCCUCUUCGGGACAGGCAGAGAGUGAAGCAUGAGAGCCUGGAUGACCUGCAGGCAUCCACCUACUUUGGCCCGACGACCAUCUCUGAGUGCGUCAGCAACAGGAAGCUGAGUCCCAGAGCAGGGAAGCAGCCAGCAUGGCCAGUGAAGAGUCUCAGUCUGAACACAGAGGAGGGGCCUCCAGACUUUGAGAGAUCCUUCAUGAAUGGAAAACCCCUCAAAGAAAACCUCCAUCAUAAUAUCAGCAUCAUCAGUACAGAUGAGAAGCUUUUUCAGAGCCCAAAGGACAAGGUGGUAGCUUCUCCGUCUAGCUUUGCAAAGAAAACAAAUGGAUUAAAAUCCAAGGAUGUAGCACUGAUGGCCAGUGGACCCAUAGGUUUGGACAAAAGAGAAGCAGCAAAAAGGUUCAGGGACAAAAACCUGAAGAGUCAGUCGUUUCAGGGUGUAGACACUUCCUCCAGUGUGGGAACUCAAACAGAGCAGGCCGAGCAGAAGAAGGUGAAGGAUUUCAGAGACAGGCCGGCCUUCAAACAGUCUGAUGAAGACUCUGAGCAUGUCAGUGACGACAUCAGCGACAUCUUUCGUUUUCUGGAUGAUAUGAGUGUUUGUGAUUCUCUGGGCGUUGUUCAGCCCUCGUGCUACAACAGUAACGGAUCUCUGUCUCAGGUUACACUCAAGUCUGAAGGCGACAGCUCCCCCGAACGCAACACGGUUAAACUAGCCAAAUCCAAGCUGGACCGCCUCUUCCAUUCACUGGAAAACACAGACGAUGAACUCAAGUCGAGUGUGUGCAAGCUGGUGAUGAGGAUCGGUGAGAUUGAGAAGAAGCUGGAGUCUCUGUCGGGGGUCCGCAGUGAGAUUUCCCAAGUCCUCUCCAAACUCAACAAGCUGGAUGAGAAGAUCCAAGAGCCUGAGGUUAAUGGGAGACAUGGAGAGCCAACAUCAUCCAACGCAACCCCUGACAAGCUGCAGCCUCAUCCACUUCCCAAUGCCAACCUGUCCCCUCGUGUUUUCCAGUGUCACACCACCGGACACAACCCCAAAACGGACAACAGUCCCCCGGGGGAGUGGUGCUGCUCUGAUGGAAGUAACAAUGACAGCCUGAGGAUAAAGGCGCUGAAGAAGAGCAUGUUCACCAGGAGGUCAUCCCGCUCGCUCAACGAGGACAACAGCGCCACUGAGUCAAAGGUCGCCAGCAUCACUAGCUCUCCACGGGACUGGAGGACGGUGUCCUACUCCUGCCAUCCUGCAGAUGAAGGCAAGGACAAGGACCGAGAGAGAGACAGCAAGGACAGACACAGGAAGGCCAAAGAGGUAAGGACAUAGUUUUAUUCAUAUUUCGUUUAUUUGAUCGGAACAUCAUUCGUAGUUGAAUUAUAAAUAUUACACAAGAGAUGAAACUAGCUAACACGUGCGAGUGAGCCACAAGGUUUUUAUUUUUUUGUAACUUAGAAAAACAUCUGUCUGCCAAAGUCAUAAUCAAACUGACACUAAAUAUUGUUGUAGAGGAUGUUCAGAUUUAAAAAAAAACAGUCCCUCUAAGUCCAGGGUUGGUAGCUCCAACAUGGCUCCAGAUUUUAACACAACCUCUAGUAGCACAAACACGAAAGUUUAACAACCAUUUAAAUGAGCAUCUACACCACUGUUGGAAAAAGUGAACAGGACUUCUGCAGGAGUAUUUGAGGGCUUGUUAAUUUGUUAUUAUACUUGCUAAUUUUUCAGGGACAGCCUUGUUUGAGCAGGUGAAGAGGUCGUCUGCAUAAAUAAAUGUUGGCUUUUGUCCUCUUCUCUCCUUCUCAGAGUUUUGCAGUCGACUCAGCUACUGCUCUUGUGCUCUUGGUUGAAUUUUCCUGGUUAGUAACUCAGGCAUGCUCUUACCAGCUUCACUGUGUGGGUUCAAGGAUAGCAUUUAACAUUUUAUAUCCAUGUUAUGUUGUCCAUUCAGUUCGCUUACUAAUAGAAACUAAUGGUUUUGCCUCCGUCUCUACGACAUAAGUAAGAUGUACUGGGACUCUUUCCAUGACGAUUUGAUAUGCCGUGUGUUUUGUUUUCCUCUGCUCUUGUUAUGCAGAGUUUAUAACUGACCAAGCAGAGUAAAGAUUUUAACACGGUUGGCUGAUUAGGAUUAAAUUCGGGUAAUAAAUGCUAUUCCUGUUGGCCUUCCUGUCAAACUUUUGUAUCUGCGCCCCUGAUGUUGUCACAUAACAUCUUUAAACAACUCAGUGAACGUUUUCAUUUGCUGACAUCUUUAUUAAAUCUUAAUAAUCUGUGAACAUUUUCUUUUUAACUUGAUGGAGGAACUGAGAGUGAAAUCUUAUCGCUUUCUUAUCAUUUUUCUGUAUCUUUCAUUCAUCAUAAAGUAUUUGAUUGCCUGAGCCAGAUAUCAACAGUUGAUAAUAACAAACCAUGACUUGAAAGUCAUAAAACCUCAGAGGCUUUUUGGGUGAAUCUGAUGUGAUUAUGAAAGACUUUGAUUUGCAUCCAGCGCAGCAGCUGUGUGGACAGACAGCAGCAGAUUCCAGCGUUGAAACUGGGCUCAGAUGUAAAAAGAGCUGUUUUUAUGCCAUGUGGCUCUUUGUCCCACAUGACUCCCAUCACAGCCAGAAGAUGUGUUCACAGGCAGGAAUUAAUCCUGACAAAUUAGGGAGACUAAAAGGACAGGAUGUCUCCGGGUGUUUGAAUGCAGCUGUUUGCUUCCAAAAAUGUAAAGACUCUCUAGAAACCAAAGAUCGUGAUGCUGUAUGAUGAAAAUAAAUCCCAUAGAAGACCAUUUUAGAGCUUUUUUUCUUUCACUAAAUAUUCCUUUUAUUAGAUUUGUAAUUUUCAGUUUAGUCUUUUAGUCUUAUAUCGUGUAUAAGGGGAUAUUUAUCUUUGCAUGAUACAAAAACACUCAAAAUGACCCACAAACUAUUCUGAAUUUAUUUACACAUUGAUUUUCAUACUUUAACACUUUGGACACACAUCUCCCAGAAACAUCUGCAAGUAGAUGAAUGUUUUCCGUCCUGUUACCAUAAAUCCUACAUUAAAACAACAAUUGUCAGCGUAUUAAUCUUUUUGCAGCUUCCUUUUCCUCCUCUUUUGCAGCUCCUUCCUCCUCCUUCUUCUUUGGUGUUUUCAUGAUGUUAUUUCAUUAUGCAUGAUGAAAAAUGUAGUGGCAAUGUGUAAGCAGCUGAAUAUGUGAUAACCUGGCAGCAGCAGCAGAUUGUUGUUUACAUAACCAUCUUUAAAAUUACUCAUAUAAAACAAACCAUGGAAAUAGAGAGUAGGUUGAUAUUAGUUACAUAAGCUUGAGUUUUCUGCACACUUCAACAUAAACAUGUGUAAAGAUAAUGACCUAUUAGCACAUUAACCACCUUAUCUUUCCUGAUCAUAUUCAUGUACUGAUGGUAAAGGCUGCUAUAACAGGGGUCCAUCAGUGUAACCAAUCCAUUUACACCCAAUUACAUUAAGUACCUCAGAAUGUGUAACUUGGGGCAGUUUUUGGGUCUAGUGUCUUGCUCAUGCUUCUUCUUCUUCUUCUUCUACUUCUUCUUCUUCUUCAACUUCAUCUGUCAUAUCAUCCUUAAGCUAAGAUUUAACCACAAACCUUCCAAAGAAGACACAACACACUUAGCCACUGAGAUAGGGCCACACAAGGAAAACUAAUGACAGCAAGGUUGAAUAAAAAGUAAAAGAGUGGAUAGAUGAGAGGAGGGAUUAGCCGUUUAUGCGUAACGCUGUGCCGCUUUGCACCUACCUUUUCGACAUGCUAAAUAUAGCCGCAAAAACACAGAGCGCAAUCAGUUUCAGGGUUUGAUAGAUCACGUUACGGGUGCUAAAUUAUUCCAUUAGCAUUUCCUACUCCCAGUAUUUUGUGCGCUCUGAUAAUCUGCAUAUAUUCUGCAUAUUCAUGAAGGCAAACGCGCUAAAUGGAUUGCGCGUGCUGUUUCAAUCCUCAGUGUACCUGGUUAGUAGAUGACUUUUGCGCCUGCAAUCAAGUUUGCACAUGUUUUUUUAAAAACAAACCUUUAGUAAUUCAGACCCAUAAUGAUUACCUCCAACUCUGCAAGUAGUUGGUAAAUUCAUUUGUUGAAAACACACAGAACUGACUGUAUACAGGCAAAAGACCAAUGGUCAAAUACAGAACAAACCUUGUCAAACACAUUUCUUACAAGUGCUCUUCCAACAAGGGCCCCUGUGUCUUCAAAAAAAAUACUGCAAUGGCACCAAAACCUAAUUUAGGAUCUCUAAAUAGAAUAAACUGGUUAUAUACUCUGCCCUAUUGCUGUAAAUGUCCUCUUUACUGUAGCUGAUUUACUUUACAGCAUGGCUGUUGUUUCAGCGUGUUUCAUGACUGUAAAUCUGUGGACAUGUUUAAACCCACCCUCUGGAUCAUUACAGCUUUUUUACAGCUGUUAUCAGGACAUUCAGCGCCCCAGAAAAAACAACAGUUGUUCUAAUGGAAAUUAAAUGUUAAUGUAAAUGUAGUCGCUGAGGUCGCCCUAAGGCUGUAAAGACGAGAAUGAUUUUUAAAAAAAAAAGAAGGAAAAUAUAAUGGAUGGAUUAGAUAUUCCUGACACAUUCAUGAAUAUAGUCUUCACAUCAUUCACUCUGUGUCUGCAGCUGCUGUUAGACACAACCUGCUGCUGAAGUACAUGUGUAUAGACUCCCAAAUAGGUGCUUGACAGGUGUAACAGAGGCAGCAUUAAACUACAUGAGCACAAUCCUUCACAGGAUGAUGGUUUAUGGGGUUAUAUCAGAGUCUUAUCCAGCUCUUGUUCCAAAAUGAUAGAGCCUGCAGCAAACGUUCGACCUUAACACUUUCCUAUUAAAAAACGCGUUUUAGAUAUCCGUAAUAGCAUUUCUCUGGGUCACGUAGCUGCAAUUAUUAUUUUGUAUUUGCAAAUUCCAAAAUGCUAAUUCAUUUCAAAUGUAAAGGUAAAAAUCUGAAUACCUCAAAAGCAUCUUGACUAGUGGAAACUGGAUUUUGAUAUCUGAAAUUGGACUUUUUCCCUGGAGGAAAUCUAUUUGAGAUUUGCAAGAUGCUCAUUUUGGAUAGGAAGAGAGACGGUGUGAAUAUCUGAAACUGAAAGCUAAAAUAUGAACAGCAAAGGUUCUGUCAUUUCUCCAAGAAGAAAUGUCAUUACUGAUAUCUUAAAUGCUCACUUUUAAUGAAAUUGAAUUACAGAUAUCUGUAAUAAAUAUCUCCUCUGCUUAUGUGAAAACUGCUCACCAGCCCUGGAUAUUCCUCAUCUGCUCUGAGUUACAUUUUUCACCUGUGCUCAACACUACAGGUCAUUAAAUCAGCGUCUAAUGCUGAAAAAUUGAGGAUGAGCUGAAUAAUAGAGCAGAGUUUGUAAAGGUCAGCUCUAUAGACGAACAGUGUGUGAAGCUCAGACCUACCAACAUAAACCCCAGUGAUAUCAGGGGACAUUAUUCUUUAUGAAUGCUCUUAUCCUGACUGCUCAUCAUCAGUUUAGAUUUUAUCAUCUCGUAUUAUUAUCCUAAUAUAUUCCAGUGAUAUGCUUUUAAGCUGUCACACUGAAAAAGCACCGUUUUCUUACAUUUUUUAUAACGUUUGGAGAGUCCAUCUCAUCGACGGUAGAGCAGAGAAGGGUGUAGCUUAGAGGAAAAAAUGAGAGAAACUCCAAGAUCUUCUCACAAUCUUAAUAAUCUCCAUGUUGAUUUGAUGAAGUGAUCAUAUCUGGAGGAGAGAUGGAUGUGCACUGCUAUCCUGGCUGACAGGUCACCAUGGUGAUAACUUGUCAAUGCCAGGUAUCGCUUAUUGAAAUCCUCCCCUGCUCUCUGGUCUCUAUGACUAUAAAUGGAACCACAAUUUACUAAAUUAACAUCAUGCUGCAUCGGAGAGGACUUGAAUAUUGAGACCAUAAACUCAUUAUAGGAAGAUGUUCACUAAGGAAUAAAUCAUCUCAGAGGCAGGGCAUGUGCCAUAUGAUUAGAUACAAUCGGACUGCUAUUUAUGGCCAAGAAGUCGCCCCCUGCUGGUCAUCAAUAGAAUGCAGGUUUUAUGCAAUUUAGAGCCAUGUUUUGUUGUGAAAGGUGGGGUAGGCAGGAUCUGAGGAAGUGCCAGUUUUUGGGAGAAAUCUUGAAUGUUAACACUACCCCUCCAAACCAGUUUUCCCCUCAGCUCCUCCUCUCCCGUCCGUCUCUGCUCCAGCAAGCCCCGCCCACAAACAGACGCUCGCCCUCGCUCAUAUCAUUUCAAUUAAAUUCAGAUAUAAUGCAGAUAAAUACUUCAGAUAAUUACAGAUGGGGCCCAAUCAAAGUGAAAGUAACCAGCAUUGGUGCUACUGUAGAUGCCAACAGACUACCAGCAAAACAGUUUAGUGGCGCUAUGACACUUCAGUUACACUUGGCUUACUUUGUUAAAGCGGUUUACCUGUCUAGCAGAAAGGUUACGGGGUCUUCAAAGCAUCCCCCAUCAUUAUUAACCCAGCUUUUAGCUCUUGUCCGGUCUACCUCCUUUUUAAGUGCCCGUUAUUCCACCAGAGUCUCUGGUAUUUAUUUCGUUUUCUUGCUUGUGUUGAAAGUCAUGGCUAAAGGAGGAUUCAAAUUUCUGUACUUUCUGGUUGGUUUCCACUGUCUGAUAUUGUAGCACGCUAACUUUGUUUGGGCUCCUGAACGACACGGGGGAGCAGCGUCCGCCUCACAACCAAUCAGGAUGGGUAAGGUGGGGAAUGGCUUUGUUUACAGUCAGAAAGAGCGGAGCGCUCUGAAAUUUUAGAAUAUUGACCACCCAGACAUAACAAAACACAGCGAUAUCUUUAUAUUACCAAAUGUCAUCAAUGACUAAUAACUAUUGACUGAUAUUAAAAGCUUUUUUGUGUAUACACCACAAAAAAAGAUACUUCUUUAAUGGAUUCCUGCCUACCCCACCUUUAAUUGUCAUAAGAUCAAAAAUGAUAAGGAUGAAAAAGCUGGUUUAUACAGCGGCGGGUAUAUACAGCCAACUGUGAUGGCUAAAUGCCUCUAAUCAACACAAAGAUGUAAUUUUUUGGCUACGCACUGCGUAACUGCUUCAAUGACAUUAUUUUAUUUUAAUGUAUUUCUUUGAUUUGGCUCAAAUAGUUAUUCCAACACUGACAGGAACCGUUUUUAUUCAGUGUGUAGCUUUUUAGUGAAGGUUGAAUCUUAGUCUUGUGAGUCUUGGCAGCCGGUUGUUGUUUGAAUCAUCCUGUUAAAACAGAUCUUAAUCAAUGAUGUUAAUAUUUCCCAGACCAAAUGAAUCAUCAUAUCAUUCUGAAGAAGCCUUGACAGAUAUCCACUUUAAAAGACAAGAAAUUCCCUUUUGAGUUGGCUUUAUUUUACCGAUGAAACAUAGAAAAAUCAGCAGCUUUGAAAAACUGUAAACAAGCCUACUCAAAUUUAUUUGCAAAAUAUUUGGCCAAAUGUUCUGACUUAAUCACUCAAAUACACCAGUAAAUCUGCACCUUAAAUAAAAUGUUGGUGAGCUGGUUUUUGGUGUCCUGUACUAAAAAAGGUAGGGGUGAAGAAUCACAAAUGAAGUUGUUGGUGCCCUGGGAUCCGUCCUGAUUUUCUCAUCACUGUCCUUCAAAAAUUGAUUAAACUGGCUGAAUCAGCAGUGCUAACUACAUCUGGGUUGCCUAAUGCACACAGGGUGCUCUAAAUCUGACUGGCUGCUGUCAAACACAGUGCUCCACAACUCUGGGCAGCUCUGUUUACCAUGGGACUUUUCUAGGAUGUUAUCAGUCACUCACUGUCUUAAGAGUGAAUUUCAUUCAUGUUCCUGUUCAUGAGUAACAAAUUAAGGGGUUGAAUAUAACACUAUAUGAGCACUUUCAUGCCCAACACUGAUCUCAAUUAUGGUCAUAAGGAUGUGUGGAAUAAUGAAUCGUCAACAGGUAGUUGUGCAUAUAGAAACCCUAACAAGGUGGGCUUGAUCAGGGUCUAGUCUCACACUGUGGGGCUACUAAUCUACAUUACCACCUGCUCACUAUACAUAAUCCCACAAAAUACCCAGCAAUCAGCUCAAGCAACAAAUACCUAAAUCUAAAAUAUUGAUGAGUUGAUUUUAAUGGUUUAAAAAGUAGCAUAUAUGGUCAGUGAUGUUGCUAUGGCAACAGAUUCUCAUUAGCCCCUCAGCCAAGAUUUCAAAUUAAAAAAGAGGGCUGCUUAUAUUCUAAGGUGCUUUUCCUGAACAUAAAUAAAUCCUGGAGUCUAAAUCUAUCAGAGUCACAUAUUUGACAUCAGAAAACAGUCUUGGAUUUAUACUAGUACUUCUAAAUGACCUACAAACACAAACCAUACAGACUGUACAUCUCUAUAUUGUAAGUGUCGAUGCAUAAAACUGCUUCUGCAAGUUGGUGGUUUUGCAUAGAAUAAUUUCUAUGCAUCGGAAACUUCAUCGAUUCUCAUUAAGGGAUAUUUUUCUCAAAAGAAGAUAGGAUUAAAGUUUGAGUUGAAAAGAUACGACCCAACCAAGCACAGGAUAAAAAGGAUAAAGGGCUGAGAUGCAUAGCUUUGUCCAUCUGCGGUCCUAAAAAUCAAAACACAACCAGAGUUCAUUAGAAGAGCUAACUUCAGGUAAAUCUGAUGAGGUUGGUAAAGUAAUUGCUGAGAUGGCUGCUUCAGGACCCCCAGCUGGUAUUAAUCUUUUUUAAACUGUCCUCAUGGAAGAAACAUGACCUGAGAAUAUCUUUAAGUGAGAAAUCCUGCCUCCUCAGUCGGAGGCUGCUAUCCCCAUGUCCAAUACCAACAUUUAGCCACACACUGCAGCACCAGUGUGACAGCUGAGGAUGUGUUUACCUGCCAUCUCAUCUAAUGUGUUUAUGUGCACUCAAGUAAUCAGAUUAUUUUCCACUGGAGGAAACUGAUAACUACAUUUACAUCCUGGGAGGAUGCAGAUUAUUGUGACUGUGGACCCGGCUGAAAAUCUCAUAAUCCAUUUACAUGCUGCAAUGUGCAAUUAGUCUAAAGCCUCAGUGUGCAGGCUGGUGGUCAGUAAUUAGAUUAUCGUCCCACCAUGUACCGUGUCUGUGAGUUUAAAGACAUUUAUUUGUGUAACACCAUAAUAAUUCUGAUGACUGGACGUUGCUGUUUUCAUUAUCAAUAACUACUUUUUCUGUCGGGGCGGGUAUCUGCUCUGUGGAAAACUCACUGUACUAUACCAGUACCAAAAAUAAAGUGUCCGGCUGAACUCAAAGACUACAGACCAGUGGCCUUUACCUCAGACAUCAUGAAAACCCUUGAGCAGCUGAUUCUACGCCUACUGUACUAUUGAAUUUCCCUUCAGGGAUCAAUAAAAUAAAGUUUUUCUCAUCUCAACUUACUGAGGCCUGAGGUCAAAGACAAACUGCAGUUUGCAUACAAAGAACACAUUGAAGUGAAUGAUGCUGUCCUCUACAUGCUUCACCUUGCACUGUCUCAGCUGGAGGAACCUGGGGUUUAUGUGAAGAUGUAAACAUCAGACUUUAAAUACAGCACUUGAGUCCUGCCACAUCCAGAAAUACUCAGAUGACACCGCUAUUGUGGCAUGUAUCACAAAUGGACAAGAAGCUGAAUACAGGGAUCUGAUAAGAGCCUCCUCCUCAACACCUCAAUGACAAAGGAGAUGAUUAUAGACUUCCGUAGAUUUAAACCCACUCUUCAGCCGGUGAACACCUGUGGAGUGGACAUCUGAGUGGUGUCACUGUAUAUAAAUAUCUAGAACGUCUGGCUAAUAAGUUGAACUGGUCUAAGAAUAUAGACUUCAUCUACAGAAAGGGGCAGAGCCGCCUCUUUUGCCUGAGAAGACUCCGAUCAAUAGACAUCUGUGGUAAGACGCUGCAGAUGUUUUAUCAGUCUGUGGUGUCUACAGUGUUCUGUUCUACGCUGCAGUCUGCUGGGGAGGAAGCAUCAAACACAAAGAUGCAAGACGUCUGAACAAACUGGUGAAAAAGGCUGGUUCUGUGGUUGAAUUCAAGCUGGACUUACUGGAGGAUGUGGUGGAGAGAUGUACACUAGAUGUACACUGAGGAAGGUGGAGGCUAUUCUAAAGAACAUGGACCUCUUCAUAACAAUUUGUGUAGCAGACGAAGACCAGUUUUUCCUGUAAAAACACGUCUUUUAUUACACUCCUUUAUUCUUCUUUGUGCUGUGGCAUUGAAGAUAGUACUAGACUUGUCUUAAUUUGACCAUGCUGAUGUAGAGUUAGGGUUAGGUCAUGGAGGCUGAGUUCCGCCUUUGUAAGAAAUUGUUUUACAACAUAAAUUACAGCCAACUUCACUUUAUCACUUUCUUUAGGUCUGGUAAAAUGUAAUAAUAAUAUUAAUAAUACAUUUUAUUUGUAUAGCGCUUUUACAGGAGCUCAAAGACACUUUACAAUACAGUAGGCAAAAUUAAUAGUAACAAGCUAAAAACAAGGUAAAAUCAAAUAAAAAGAAUUAAAGGGAUAAAAGAAUACAGGGAGGGGCAGAUGAAAGAGGUGGGAUAAUGGUGAGUCGGGGGUGGGGGGCAGAUUUGGUUUUGGCUGGAGGUGACAGGAGGUUUGCAUCAGCUGAGCGGAGGGGGCGGUUCGGGGUGUGGCGGACGUUGAGGUCAGACAGGUAGGGGGUGCCAGGUCGUGGAGGGACUUAAAGGUGAGGAGGAGGAUCUUGAAUUGUAUUCGGUAGGCAACAGGGAGCCAGUGGAGUUGACGGAGGACUGGGGUGAUGUGGUCGUAUGGGCGGGUGCGGGUGAGAAGUCUGGUGGCAGAGUUCUGAAUGUGUUGAAGUUUGUUGAGGGUGGUGGAGGGGAGACCGUAGAAGAGGCUUUUGCAGUAGUCCAGUCUGGUAGUGAUGAUAGUGAUGAAAAAUGUAGACACACUUUGGACCUUUUUGCAUAUUCAACCAUCAUUGGAAGCAUCUGACGAGUAGAGUGGCAGAGUGUAGUUUAAUGCCUGUAAACUUGAUGAGACUGUUAAUUCAUUAAUGUGCACUGAUUUGAUUAUCAUGACAUGACUGAACUCAAAGUACAUCAUUACUUCAUGGGACGGUGGGGCUUGAUAGCUGACCUAUGAUGGUAUAAAACCACAGGACUCUCAGACAGAGUUUUGUUUUCCGCUGCAGUGAAUCAGAGCGAGGUUCACUGAUACAGAGACUAUCAUCCCAUAUGUACCCAUCAUUCUUUGUGCUCUGCUUGCUGCCUCAGCCAAAAUUAAAGUACAAGGAACAGAGAGGCACUUCUCAAAUUGUAGAGGCUCCAAUGGCUUUUAAAUUUGACAUCUAACAGGUCAACAUACAGCAAGAUAAUUUUAUUUACUAAACCUACUUCUGCUGAUGCAUUAAUAAUGAUAAUAUCAAACAAUUCUAUUAGUUUUUUCUUAAUCUGGACAAAUCUGACAAGUCAAGGUUACUUACAUUUGAAGUUGCUUGUCGAAGUUCCAUUAUUUUUCAUUAAAACAGUUUCAAGUCUGUGUUGAUAAUGUCAACUGUCAGCAAUAGUCUCACAACAUGCCAUUGUCAUGUUGGCAGUGUUGGUAGUGAGUGAAUGUGGACUGAAUCUGUGAAUGUGAGGUGUCAUGUGAAAGAGCUUUGAGUGUCCAGAAGACUAGAGACAGAGCUUUAUAAACAGUCCAUUUACCAUUUGAGGCAGAGGAGUGCAAUGUCCAAUCAAUGUGCAGUCAUUCCUGGAUAACGUUGAUUACUCACUGAUGUGCAGUGACCCGUGGAUCCCUGAACAGCAGCUACACUUUUGAGGAGCACUAAUCUGUUUGCUGUCUCUGUUUCAUACAGGUCCUGUGUGCAUGAUCGUUUUUCUAGUAAGGGAAGACUGGAGGAUGGUUUUUGGACUCAAGGCAGUUUUGGCUGACAGGCUGUCAGUUGUGGACCAAUUUGCAAGAGCUGUAGUUUCGGAUGUAGUUUCAUUCACAGGUCUUGAACUCAGUGUCAGGUCAUACAGGUCUCUCUAUCUCUCUCCCUCAGAGCUUCUUGUUUCUGUCAUUUCUUCCUGAGUGCUGUGCAUUUUGAGCUUUAAGGUUAAAUAUUACAAAGAGAUUUACACAGCUGUCUCUGUACCUGUCUUUCAGCCUGUUCCAGCUCUGCCAAAAAUAGAAAACAGGCAUCAUAUAAUAAACGAGAAACUGGACGCUAUCUUCGCACAAUCCUGGGAGGAACGUCUUCUCUGACAUAUCUUGGAGACGAAAACAUGAAUAAACACAGGUGGUACAGACAGGUGGGAUUAGUUUCAGUUGUGGUAUAUAAUACUGAAUGAUUAUAAAAUAUUGUCUUUGUACAGACGAGUUUUGUUUGAGUCUUUUUUUAGUGAUGGUGAAAAAGAAAAAGAAUGACAAAACAGUGGCAAGGAAGAGGAGAGCUAAAAACUUGAAGUCAACUUUUCACUCAGUGUGGGGUGUUCAGGAGUGUUUGAAAAGUGAGGUGCCAAACUAAAUUUAAGUGGUCUAUUUUAUCUCGCUUCAUGAUCGGUGGAAAUAUUUGGUAAGAACAGCUCAUUUGUGUGAGCCUACAGAGUGAACAGCCCAAACCGAGAGUGUAAUGAACAUGGAGAGAGUUGUAGGAGCUCUUCAUCGGUAUACUCUGGCUCAAAUUAAUACAGUGUGCCAUCGUAUUCAAAGGCCUCAUCCACACUGUCAAAAUCAGGCAAAUAUUCAACCAAAAACGCUGUCAAACAAGCUUUGCUCCAGUCCUGUUGCGCUCUUACUCUCCACUUUCCACUAUCUUAUCAUCCUGAAAAAGAAGAUAGGCUUAAAAAAAAAAAACUCCUCCUCCUGUUGGCAAAUAACAAACGUCUUUAUUUAUAGCUGCCAUCUGUGGAGAGUCUUUUAGCUUGUGUUUCAUGAUUUCAAUCAGCGCGAGGGAAACACACCACCUUACAACUAGUGUUGGUUAACAAACACAGAUGACACACAUAAAAGUGAGUGACUCAACAUGACAAGCACUCGCCGACCCAUUUAAAGACACCAUGCACAAGUGAGCAUUAAAAUCUGGCAGGUUAUGAGCACAUGAGCACUAAUUAAAGAGACUGCAUGGUUUAACAUUAUAUUACAAAGACGAGGCCACUGGUUUUAUCCUCUGAAACUGCAGGGAAGUUUUUAACCUUAAUGCUCUGUAAUGGCUGCACCCACGGUGUCACAGAUUAGAGAUGAUAACAUGAAGAGUUAAGGCUCGCAUAACAAUGGAUGGGCCUCAGCUGCCACAGUCAGCCUCUCUGCCAACCGACUGAAGCAUCAACAAACCCACCAGCUGGAACUCCGAGAUGAGCCUGCUAUUUAGGGCAUGUUCAAAAACCACGCUCUGGCCUGUUCCCCUCGCUCUCCCUGUCAGAAAACUUGUGCCUCAUUUUCAUGCUUUUACACGGGAGAUUUUACGCUGUACGCCAAAAAUAAUAAGAGAACUUCUCAUGUUUAGUGGGACAGAUUAUUUCACUCUGUGGCAAAUUUCCUUGCUGUGGGAGAAUGAUUUGUGGUGAUUUAUUUGACACGGUCAUUCUUUAGCCCUCAAGACUGUACUCUGGUUAUUAUUAUUAUUAUUAUGUGUAAGUAACCACAGUUAUCUGACUUAACCGACUUCUGCUUACACUCUGAAAUCUGUUUGCCAGUGAUAAGUCCAAACCUUUUCAUGUUUUCCCAGCUGUUUUCAGACGAUUUGGAUUUCUCAGUUGGAGAAGAAAACUUUCCUCAUGGUGAACUAAUAAGAAUAACAGCCUCCCCCUCUCAGUAAGUGAAAUGGUUCAGUCCUGCUCUGAAACUUUGUAUUAGCACUUCUACCUGGCAGUGAGUGAGGAGUGAAGGGCGCACAGUGCAACAUAGUCUUCAGUGUAUCUUCUACUUUCUAACUAAGGUGGGUCUCUGACUGCUAAAAUGAUUACAGUGCCAUUUAGCAGAUGCUUUUGUCUGAAGUGACAUACAUUUAAAAGAAAGAAAGAAUAACACAAAUAAUGAUCUAGAUAGAAGCAAACAAAACCCCAAAUGACAAAAAUUGCUACAAGUUGGCACAAUCAUCAUCAGGUGCUCCCAGUGUAGAAAUGUUCAUAAAGAGCUGGGCAAAGUGUCUCCGAAGUAGAAAGAGACGUGUUUCAGUCAUUCUACCUCUGGGAAAACAGAGAGGAAGAGUCUGGCAAGUGACUUCGGGCCAUGUUGUGUUAGGAGCACCAGACGCCUUUCAUUGGCAGAGAAUAAUGGGUGGGAGGGAGUUGUUUAGAACUGCAUAAGGGACUGCAGACAGGUAGGAGCUGAUUUGGUUGCUGUUGUUGCCAAGACGUAGGGCUUUGUAUUUGAUGCAAGCUGCUACUGGAAGCCAGUAAAGAUAGACAAACCGUGGAGUGACGUGCUGCUUAGGGUUGGUUGAAAAAACACAGCAGCUAAAACAAGGGGCUUUCUUCUCAUGCCUUGCCGGCGGCGUGGCGUAAGUCAGGUCCGCCACGGGGACAAGGCAUGCCCAAGCACAUUUUGGUAUUUUGGUGAGCGGCGCAGCCCAGUAUAAGUAUCCCCCCUCCCUAACUCAGCUCCUCCCAGUGGCAUAAGUUGUAGAGAGGGAGGGGAUAAGGCGUGGAGUGGAUUUAACACAGCCGAGACCUGUUUUCGCCAAUCACAUCAGCUCCUCUCCUCACCUUUAAAUCACCACCAGCGAGGCGUGUUACAAUUUGUUACCCUUCAACAAAUGUCAAGCUGCGGAGGGCGUCCUUCACACUCUCGCAUCUGAGCACAGAUGGAUUUGGUGUGUGUAAUGUUGGACCCACUAGUAAGACAAACACCCUUUUCCACAAAUAAAGACACUCACAUAAAGUUGCUCAUAUUCAAACCUCAUGUGACAAAGGUGGGUUGUGCGCACAGAUCACAACAUAAAUCCCAAUAAUGGCAUUAAAAUCAGAACCAUCUGUGCGUAAAUGACGCAUCGGGCUCCGCGGCCUGGCUCUUUCUUUCAUAGAUGUUGGCAUAUAAAAUAAAUUUAGCUCACAAAACUGAAUAUUGUAAUAUUCGUAUGUCGGCUUAAAGUAGAUAACUCAUCUGAUCACUGAAACAAAUCAUCUGUUCAGCCGCUGCAGGACGGAGAGAGGACACGGAGACGUGUCCAGGUCAAGCUGUGCGAGAAAUAAGAGGAAGAGGAAGAAAGAAAAGGAGGGAGACAAAUUACAUAUCUUGUUAACUUUAUCGUGUGUUUAUUUACUAGAUAUUUAAUUUAAUUUAAUGCGGUUUCAGCUGUGUUGAUUCAGUCAACUUGAGUGUCCAAAUGCACUCAUCAGAUCAGAUAUAGAUCAGAAUAUAUCUAUAUGGAUCUAAAUGUAUGUGCUGACUCAGAAUAUUGAUUGUUGUCGAUUAUUUAUUGCACUGAAAUGUGCCUGACACUGUGGAAACCUGUCGGUGAGGCAUCGGUGAUAUAUGCGCACUACGGUCUACCGAAAUACCACUAGACCUCUGCGCUCCGCCUGCACUGAAAGCUGACCAGGUUUGAAUCGGCGAGCUUUCAGCGCACUUUCUAUGUCGCCGGUGAGCACGAAAAUGUCACUGCGGCAGCUGAUUCUGUCGACACCUCCCCCUGCUGAGCAACCACGCCCAGCUUGGCGGACCUCGGUGCGCCUCAGUCCACAAAAAUACCAAACUGGCUGUAUGCCGGGCUCCGCCAGAUGAAAAUACCACUGCGCAGGGUCUGCCACCCUCCACCGCACCGCCAGCAGGCACAAAAUUAGGGCCCCAAGUGUUCUAGACAGAGGCUGAAGUAAUAAUAUUAUAAUACACUAGAAUCUGUAAUUUUAGGCUGUUUCUGAUCUGGAAAUCAUGAAAAUAUCAAAGAGGUAUAAGAGAGGAAGAAUCGAGUCUGAAAAAAAAUUUAUAACACUAACUCUUUAACACAUCCUCCAUUGUUGUUGACAAAGACAUAAUCAUAAAUUAAAAUGUUACACAGCUGCGGUUGAAGGUAUCUUAAUCACAUGAUCUUAACAUCAUUCAAAGGUAUAAUAUCAGACAGUGAAUGUAAGUAUAGAGCAAUUACAUAUGAAGGAAUAUCUGUUAUAUUGCAGAAACAUAAUCAUUCUCAUGAUGGUUCCUGUAACCAAUCAACAGCUGCAAUUUAUUGUCACAUACAAGUAAAAUCUGAAAAUUAUGCUUUUUCAAAUGGAUGUUUAUUUAUUCAGCCCAUAUUUUCUUUCAUCAUUUUUUUUAUUUGUUUGAUUGUAAUGAUUUCACGCAGCUCCUUGAUCAGCAUGCUAAACACCCGGCAAUGAACAAAAACACAAUCAGGAGGUCACUCAGUGAGGGGCACAAUUACCAACAAUUACAAUAACCUUGAUUUCUUUCUGAAAAAUAUCCUCAGUCUUCUGUGUAUGAUCAUUUAACUUUAAGUUUACACUUUCUUUUCCCUUACAUACUAUAUCAUGAGUAUGACAUUUAAAGGUAGGGUUGGUAAUCACAGCAAACUAGCAUGAAUUUGAAUGUACCAUCUCAUCAGGACUUUGUCUAGCCGUUCCCCCCUCCUCUCAGAGCUCCCCCACAACAACGCCACCGCUCACAUGCAUGAGCACUGCUGUCUGCUGAUUCAAAACCACAGACUUAAAACUUUGGGACUUUAGAUUGGGAAGUCUUUGCACAGCAGGGACAAAGUAGGUAAUGAUGGCAUCGGGGUGACCACAUAACUAGCACCAUGGCUAAAUACUUGCUCAAGAUAAAAAUCGCCCUGAAACAAACCCUCAACGUACCUUUUCAACAAAAAAUAAGCUUCAGUUCUCUCCAUCGCUGAAAAGCUGUCCUGAUGUUUACUUUUGUUUUCGCCCUUGCUUUCUCCAAGCUCUGUCUUGCUUCGGCCUUUUCUGCCUCCACCUUUAUUUUUGCUCUUUUUUUGCAGGAGGAGCGGUCACCAUUAAUCUAGGUAUAGAUAGUCUCUCUGCCAUUCACCAGCGUAACUGUAGCCCUCUCAGCUAAACUAUGCACAUUGAAUCAGGGCCAGUGCCCACCGGCGACGUGGAGGCGCGGGAGGCGAGCUGUAGAUAGUGGCUAUGUUUCGCCCUUUUUUAAGAACACAUCAUGUAUUGAUUGCCAUUGGAACAUAAAGAUCAUAAAGACCAACCCUACCUUUAAACUAUUAAACUUAUCAGUGUUGAGUUUUACUGUGUGCAGAUUAUUUUAUCCAUGUCAACACAAUGUAAUAUUUUUUAUGGUAGCAUAGUUUUAAGUAGUGAAGAGGUGGAGGUCAGUCUCAUAUAUCUUCAUGCAUCCCAAAAGCCUUUGUGGUGCCUCUGCUCCAACAAUGGCUCCAUUAUGCUUUUAGUUUAAAAACAUAUUUUAAAAAGGUUCAGAGAAAGUAAAAAGCUGUGAUUCUGUGCAAGAAUAUUUGAGCAAGUGUAAUGCUCUUUUUAAAAAUUAUAGAUCGGUGUCACGUGCAUCUUAUUGGGUGUGGAAAUACUUCUCUUUACCUCUAUGAGCAUAAAAGAGCACAGAUACAUAUUGUAAUUUUGUCAACUCUGCCUCAUUUUGAGCUGUAAAGCAGACAUAAUUGUGCCUACAAUUCAGCUCUGAGAUUGAUUUUGGGUUCUUAGUCAACAUGCUUGCUGGCAUUUCUGAUUAUUUCUUAAUGAUGGGUUGAUUCAUAGUGAAUCUGACUGUCUGUUUGCAGACUGAGACAGAGGAGGUAAACUGGUGUCGGAUGGUGAAUGUGAAGCUGGAGAUGCUUUUCAUGGCAGAAUAAUGACUGUUUAUUAUUCAUGAAUGUUCUGCUCUGUGAAGCUCCCGUAUCACAGUAGAGUUUCUGUAAAACUCCACUGCACAGCUGAUGCAUGACCACAGACUGCUUACUGCAAUCAGAGGCCUCUUUAACGCUACUGUUCAUAAAGACAAACAGGUUUAUUCCUCCUUUAUUGAGCCUGCAGACACAUGUUUCUCCCUGUGGUUGGUAUUGAUGGAAGCUGCUUCGAAGAGCAGAGGGAUCUCUACAAUCAAUACUCUGUCGGCAGAAAUGCUUUAUUCUUUAUUCACCGCUCUGUGUGCUCAGUUGAAAGAAUGAUAUUUCAUCAGAGAGAGAGAGGUGUGUAGAAAAACUGCUCUCUGAAUGAAUAACUGUGAUCGUGGAGUGAUGUUCUUCAGAUCAGAUCAUGGACAUAGCUGUGACUGUAAAAAGCUAUGAGUGUGAGACGUUACAUAAAUGUAGGAAUUUAGAUUGAUUUGUCAAAGAAGGGCAGAUUAAAUUCUCAGUUUAAUUAUGUUCAUAAACAUCCACCGAACAGCAAAAAUAUUUCUCAUGGCUCAUUGCUCCUCAAAGGACUCAUCUUUGGUGGGAACUUAAAUCACUGAUCAAAGAACAGGUUUCACUCAGACAGGAGCAAGUUAGAUUAUUGCACGCCUUCAGACUCAGUGGAAAACCAUUUCCCUUUUCAGUCAUUAUUACCUGCUGAUGCACUUUGUUUGGCCAGUAUAUGGAGUAUGCAAAAACGUUUUUAUACUGUGAUGUUAAAAAAGUUCACAGAAUGAAGCCCUGCAUUUACAGUAACACCAGUGAUGGGCAAGCUAUGUCAGAAAUGUAGUGAGCUAAGCAUAGACUGUGUAAACUAUGGACAACUUGGCCCCUCUUUCCAUAAUUAUAAGAAUUUGAAGACAAAUUGCUCUCAGUACUUCCGGUAUUUUCUCCACUUCCUGGAACCAUCACUCGCACUCGCAUAGGCUGUAUCAAGUGUCAAUCAUAGAAAAUAUGAACCCCCUAAUAAAAAAGAGGACUUGAGCACAAACCAGUCUUACAGUAACUACAUGUCAACAUCGCAAUCAGGGGGGGAAAAAAAAUUACAUUCUGUGUUAUAAAUUUCUAAAGUUUGUCCACAGCUCCAUAAGGAUGGGAGGCGGGAUUUAUGCCCUGUAUCGCAGCCCGUCACUAGAGGGUGCUGUUCUCGCGGUGGCUUCACCUAGCGAUGAGAUAGACGGUGUCCAUUUUAUACACAGUGUAUAGAAUUAAGCUUUCAAUUAGAUUUUGCUUCACUACACCAUAGCUAACCCCUGAAGAAAAUGGAGCAAGCAAAAAUAUACACAGCGAUGUGUUAUCAGUCAAAAAAAAUAACUAACUGAUAUAUGUCGUAUCAUUUAUAUAUUUUUUGAACAGUCAUCUUUGGCCUUAAAAUUCACAUAAAGUUCACAUAUAUUUAUCAUAGACCAAAUCAAAACAGUAUAUUAAUCUAUAUUAGAGUAAUCAGAAUAAAGUCUUUUUUAACAUAAAUAAAUGACAUGCAUGUAUUUUCAUUCAUCAUCUAAUUGCUCCUGAAAACUGAACCAUAAUGACUACAUGCAGUGUCUUGACUUGUAGCGAAAAGGAGAAUGGGAUUUUCAAGACCAGCUCAUGUAAUCAACAGGCCACCAUACCAGGUGCUAAAUGAGCAAUAAUUAUAACAAUCUUGGUUCUCCUCUGGAAAAUAUCUUGGUCCUUUGUGCAGCCGGUUAGAGUCAAACUCUGUAAAGUGUCCGCUCUCAUACAGCAGGAGUCCUCACUAAGUAAGGUUGCGUGUUUGCAAAGUUAAACUGAGUGAUGAUUGACAGAGCAGCUGAAACUCCAUGGACCAACUUUGAUGUCCAAAGUGAAGUUCGAUAAAUGAAGGGUGGUGGUAUUAAAAAGCACAGAUAUGUUUUUAAAAAGAUGGCACAAAAUGAAUGGAGUGGUAAUUUACUAAAUCAGUCUAUACGUCUGUGAUGAUGUGUGUGUGUCACUGUUGGAUAUUAAGAGCUGUUGUGAGCAACACUGUCACAUUAGAAAUCAAAAAGGAGGCACGGACAGUCAGAUGGUAAAUCUGUUUGAAAUCAGGCUUGUAUGCCAGAAGUUGAAUGCCCGCAGGCUGUGCUCUGUGUACUCUCUCAGCUUUUUAAUCAGGUCCCUACUAACGUCAGGAAACCAGAUUUCUGUCCACAUGUCGAUGUCCAUGGAUCUCUGUGUCUUUGUAUAUCUGUUAAGAUCUCUGCUGAGUUACUCUGUCCUUAAUCGAAGCAGAAAUGUGUCUGUUUGAAUCCUGUUUUUGUUGUUUCCUCCUCUGAAGGCAGCUGAAGGAUGCUCUGAUCCUGUGUCCGGUUGAGUAGGUGUAUCCUGACGGCAGAGUGGUGUCAGUGCAUGUCCUCUAGAUUCAAAGUGAAGUCAAACCCAGGAUUGUCUGAUUUAAAGUUCUUUAAACUUCUGUUGUAUUCUCACUGAUUAAAUUUUCUACCUUGAAAAUGUGUUAUAAUGAUUAAGCCCAUAAUCAUCGGAUGAAAAACCCCUCAGUUUGCUGCUUUUUGCUGUGUCGGUUUGAAAGCUGUAAUCUGUAUUUUUAGUGUUCAGGCUGUAGGUGGUAUAAACCUCAUUAACUUGACAAAUGGAGGUCAUUUUCCUCCUCCCUGAUUGACAAGCAGCUACAAACAAAACAGGAUCUUUAGCAGUCUGUUUUUAUGUGGUUAUCAAACAUGAUCAUACUUUAACCAUCAAGGUCACCAAGGUUUACCAAGCUGUGGUGUGUGUUCAUGUUAUAACAGGGAGUCUUUACUAUGAAGCUGGUUUGGGUUAUUCUGAAAGCUGACAAAAGUCUGCUUCAGUGAAGGAUGGUUUCUUUUCACCUAUUCAUGAAAGGUGCUCUGUUUAAUUUAUGCAGAGUGCUGAAGUAUUAAAAACCUGCAGGCUUAGACAGAGGCUCUGCUGUAUGUGGACUGACUGACUCUCUCUGUCAGCUACCUUUAAUCAGCUUUUUAAUUCUUUCUGUUUCCAGGCAGAGCGAGAGCGUCAGUAUGAGCUCCCCCAGGCCCACCGCCCCCCCAAACCCCCGAAGGAGUCCUACCUGGUCGAGCAGGUUUUCUCUCCGCACCCCUUCCCUCCCUCUGUUAAAGCCCACGUUAAAGGCAGCCCUCUGUACACUGACCUGAGGCUCAGCAGCCUGACGGAGGGGAAGCGCGGUCAACCGUCGUGGACCAUGGAGGAGUACAAACGCAGCUCAGGAGAGAAGGGGAAGCAGCUCACGGCUCUGGACCUGCAGGUACAUGAUUCUGCAUGCUGACCAGGAACAUAACUAGAACAGUCAUUUGUUACGUUACAAGUUAAUGUGUUCAACGAUAACACAUUGUGCUUGUUACAACCCCGUGGUUCUAGGGGAAAAGGGAAGUAACAAAAGGUAACAAAGGAAUACAUGGCAGGGCAAAAUUAUUUAUAAUGAAAUACUUAAACCAAACAAAAACAGGAAUUAGCAAUAAACUAUAACUAUGAGCAGAGUGGGAGGCGGCUGGAACGAAGAGAUUCCAAUCAAAGGAAAUCAAAACCAAAACUCUUACUUAUCUGGCAGGCCCUUAUCUUAUUUAGACAAAAUGAAAGCAAACCAAAUCCACCUGCUUAACUAACCUGAACGUACACGUCAAACAAAAAUACAAUCAAGGUUCCACCUAUGACUUCUAUAAAAUCUAACAAAGGACGACUACCUCAUAAACUCCAAAGAAACCACAGGAAACAAAACCUAACCCCAAAGAAAGUUACCUCAAUCCCUAACUAAUGUCUCAGUCUAUCACGGUAACAAUAUACAAUAUACAAUAUACCGAUCCCACCAUAUACCAAACAUCCACGAGACACACAAGCCAAAUCUAACCAAGCUGCCUCCCCCUCUGAAGUUUUUCGGUCACUCUUUUAAUUUGGUGGAUGGCAACAGUGAGUAGGGAAAACCGCCAAUUCGUACGUCCCCUGUCAACAGCAGCGAAGAUCUUGUAUCCCCAAGAUGAUCACUCACUUCGCGACCAGCCGGGUAAAAUAACGAUAAUGCAUCAGAUUUGGGGAAAAGGAGAAAACAUACACAAGGCAAAAAAAAACACCAUACCUAGGGAACCAUAACAGUGCUCUAUGUUACUUACCAACAAAUGUGACCGAGUGUUAGAGUGCUGGGGCAUUUCUAGAAAUGAAUAUCCCUUAAAUCUCCACCUCAUUACUGGUACCAGUCAGCCUAACUAGACUUCAUAUAGCCUACGACAUGUGUACUUGUUAGUUUUGACUCCACAGCCGGUAUUUUAGCCAAGUCACCAAACCUCAGGUCUAAUUUAAGUAUCAGUGUUUGAGUACAGCAGUUAGCAAGUUACAGUAAAGAGGAAGAACUUCUUUUAACAGGCGGAAACUCAUGUUAGACACUCAUCUGCUGAGACUGAGCUGGGUUUAGAGAGGAGAGAAAGAGAGAGAUGGACAGAGGAGAGACGGAUGCUUGUAGUUGAAGCAGCAGUAAAGCAGACAGAUCCUCAGCAGCUAAAGGUCUGCAGCAGUGAUCCAGAUGAACCUACAGCAUGAUGGAGCUCAGAGACUCUCUGAAAAGACUGAGUAUUAGUGACUCUAAUGGGACGUGAUGAUUCAAAGUUAAUGACACAGACAGAAGGAGGAUGGAGAAAGAGGGAAAGGUGCUCAAUGAACCAGUUCCCCCGAUGGUCUAAAUAGCAACAUAACUCAGAUCAGGUCCAGACCUGAACCAGGUCUUACUCUCAGCUUUAUAAAGAAAUAUAUCUCAAAGUUUAAAAGUUUGAACACAUUUAGUUCCUGUUAUCCAGUUUGAAUCUAGCCUUCAAUAUGAGAUCAGAAUAACUGCAGAUUCUUAUAACCCAAGUUUUGCUAAUCCUGGUAAAAGUUUAGAACAUCAUUCACUCUCAAUUUAAUCUAGUUAAUAUCAAAAUUGGAUUAUCUAAUCAAAUCAGAUGAAAGAAUCCUUUUUUCCUUUUAGUAGUUUUUUCAUUUCAGAUUUUGACCCACUCAGACGUAAUCAGAUCAGAUUAGUUUUGAAUCUCUUGACUGUAGGGGAUAUUUUAUAGAUCUGAAUGAACAAUAAAUGCUAAAAGUUUGGUACUGCUUCAAAAAGGAAUAGGACAAAAGUGGGAUUGAAACGUUAUCCUUUGAAGCUUUUCAAGCUCAUUAAGCGGCGAGAAAUAAAAGCAACACGACUCUGCUGUCCCUCAGGGGUAGAGAGGCACUCUGGGAAAUGUAGGGAAUAAUUAAGUGAUGCUGACAAAGGAAAACAAGCAAGGAAGUUCAUUAAAGGAGAAAAAGAUCCUCGCUGCAGUGCUGCUUUAUGAAAUCCUAAUGUGAAUUGAACCUAUGUUAACGCAGGUGUUUAAGAUGAUCUGUGAGAGAAAACCCCAACCAUAUGGCCGCCCACUCAAACAGUGACACAGCAGGACGGCUGAGUUCUGCCAAGUGAGAGAGAAGAAAGGUAGAGCAUGUGAGGGAUGGAGGGGGAGAAAGGGGGGAGAGGGGGAGAGAAGUUGGCUGUAAAGUCAAAUUGCAGGGUGUUAUAAAUAGCAUCAGGACAGUAGUGAAGACAGUGUGUGUCACAGCUGAACUGCUCUCCUCUAAUAAGUUCAAACCGUGAGCGCCUCACACUCACUGUGACUGUAAUAGUGUCAGCAGGCUCUCUGCUCAGGAGACUCAUUAUGGAGAAUCAGUGUUAAUGAUCCUCAAUCUGAAUCCUCAAUUCUCUGAGUGACUGUUUGCUGAUUACAGAAGGUUUUAAUCCGACUCAUGAGUUUCAGUUAUUCUCGUCAAUAUGACUUACAGAAAGGUAGGCAGGACCACCAACAUUUCUGUUUACAUUUCAUGCCUCUUUCAUGGUGGGAGCCGAGAGGAAAUCUGAUUUCUGGUUUUCUGUUAGUUUCCCCCCUCUGUCCUGUACCUGUUGGUUCUGCUGUGGUAUUAAGGCCUCAUUUAAACCAUAUGACCUGAAAGGGAACAUGAGGGAGGAAUGUCUGUCCCUGAUGCUGUUUUUCAUAGUUUUUGUUUUAAGAUUUUAUCCAAAAUGUGUUUUUGAUUAUAUCAACUGUGGAUCCUUUUGGCCAUCACCUGAUGACAAUAAUCGCCCCUGGAGUCUACGGCAUGAUCUGCUUUGUUUACAGUAUAAAUGACAAUAUAAAAGUAAUGCGGUCAGAUAAGAAGGGAAGAGAAACUCAGUCCUCCAGAAAUGUCUGCAAAGUACUUGUUUUUGGUUCCCCAAAUCCCCUGAAGUUAUAAUGUACACUGAAGAAUAGAGCAGAUUGUGCUCUGCCUGCUUUUGCUCUCCAUACGGCGGUGGCUGGGAAGUACAAAUCAAAAUUAUGAAAUCUGAAACACUUUUGAAGACUUUAAGCAAAUUUUAAAAAACAUUUUUACAAUUGAAAAAAUAAUGUCACUAGCAAAACACUUUAGCUAAGUUACAUUAUAUUUUUUGUGUUUGGCUAGUUACUGUUUGUAAAAUGUUUUUUAAAAUCUUUACAAUUAAAAGAAAUGUAACUAGCGAAAGUGUUUGGCUAGUUACAAUAUUUUUUUUACUGUAAAAAUAUUUUGUUAAAUUUUUACAAUUAAAAUAAAUGUAACUAGCAAACGUGUUUGGCUAGUUACAUUAUUUUUUUUAUUAUAAAAAUGUUUUGUAAGAUUUAUAAAAUUAAAAAAAAAUGUAACCAGCAAAAAUGUUUGGCUAGUUACAUUAUUUUUUAAUUGUUGAAAUGUUUUGUAAAAUUUUACAAUUACAAGAAAUGUAACUAGCCAAAGUGUUUGGCUAGUUGCUUUAUGUUUUUUAUUUUUAAAAUGUUUUUUAAAAUUUUACAAUUAAAAAACAAAUAAUGUAACGAGCAAAAGUGUUUUGCUUGUUACGUUAUUUUUUAUUGUUAAAAUGUUUAAAAUUUGUUUAAAGUUUGUAAAAGUGUUUCAGAUUUUGUCAUUUGAUUUGCACUUCCCAGCCACCGUACCAUACAGUCUGUUUUCUGUGCAUACUCUAAAGCCUGAGUGGCCAAUAAGUAUGAGACUAAAAAAUAGAAAAAUAGAGUUUUUCUUAUGCAAACGUGUCUCCUGUCCACUUCAUAGAUAUGCUCUUUAUUACAUUCUCUUACACACCUUGGACACCUUUGUAUUUAUAUUGUGGCAGAAAAGCUCUUGUUUGAUUUAAUUUAAACUAGUACACAUUGUGUCAAUGUAUUUAGGCGAGCAUAAAAGUAAAAUAAACUAACAAUUUAAAGUACACACAGCACACACGGGAUUAUAGCAUCGAUCAGUUGAUAGGGGCUGCAGAUUGAGAUGUUCCUCAGGGUGCUGCAGGUAUAUUACAGACAGGUUUUAAUGUGUGGUCAGCUGUGCACUCUUCAUAAUAUUCUGUUCAUUUGCACAAAGGUUGUGACAGACUCAGACAGUCUCUCCAUUAUAAAGAAAAUGAAGUUUAAGUGCAGCCAUUGUGUGUGGUGAUGUUAGCACUCUGUAAUGCUCUGCUGACAGUCGUCUUUAUGACAAAUAUUACAUAUCUGACAAUGCUUUUACAGAUUAAUUACAGCUUAAUGUCCAAAUUGCAUCCCUCCAGCGCGGUUCUCUAUGUCAGGCCUUUUAGCUCACUCUCAAAGUAAUGGAGCUUAAUUAAGAGAAAAUUAACAGAGUAGUGUAAUCUACCAGUCUGUAAUCUAUCAUAUUAAUGCAGAGCAUGUUUGUUUCUGCUGCUCUCCCUCACUGCACGAGCAGAAAUCACUUUAAUUAUCAAUAUGUUGUUAGUUGGAUCAUUAUAAAGAUGAAUGUUUUCAGUGAAGCUGCAGCAGAACAGAAUGAAAAACACAGAUUCAGUCUUCAUAUAGGAGAGCCUCAGUGUGCGCUCACAUGUUUUUAUCAGAUUCAGACUCCAGAGGAUGUUCCUCCGCUCUGCAGAUCAACAAUAUACUGAACCUACACUUUAUUAAACUGGCCUUGUUUCUGCUAGAGAGAACCCUUAACACCGUCAAUUUUUCUGUGAAAAAUUGCAUUUUUUAAACUUUUUGACCAUUUAUUUCCCUCUGACCUUCACUAGCUUAGCAAAACCUCAAUAAAUGGGAGUCAGACGGUAUUCUUGGAGUUGCAUGGGUUUGAAAACGAAAUGAUUUAAACAACAGUGCUCAUUAAAAGGCUUAUGGCUGAGCUUGUUCAUGCAGCUGAUAUAUUUUUUACCUUAUCUCAUUAUUAAAUCAGUAUUAUAAUAGUAGCAGCCUUCUCUCAACACAGAAAGCUCUGGUCUGAAAUAAUGUAAAGUACCAUGUAAAAUCUGUUUUAAUAUGAUGGAAAGGUAGCUGCUAUCUGGACCAUUGAGUAGAAGUUCACAUAAUUGAGUUUAAAGUACGCUUAAAAAUGUCUUACAACCUACAAAUGUUUGAGAUUGUGCUGAUUUGAAACAGACAAAGAUAGUCCAAGAAAAAACAUCAGUUAAUGUCAGUGAUUUGCAAUCUUCUUUUAAAUAUGAGCUUGAAAGAAUAAAGUUUAAAUCUGAUUCAGAAUAGCAAUGAAUCUUUUACAUAUUCAGAGGCUUUGUCCACAUCGAGAUGAUGAGAGGAGCCGGGAGUGAAAUUCAUUUUAAACCCCUUUGUUUAAUUGAGAAAAGUAUAAAGUUAACAACUUUGGGGGAAAGUGUACCGUUAGUUUCAAAUUUAAUGCCAGGGUUAUGUUUCUGAAAACUGGGACAGCGGAGUGAUUGCCAUUGCGUUGCAUCACCUCUUCUCUUACCGACCGCGUGUAAAUAUUAGAGAAACAAGGAGACCAGUUUCUAUGGUUUAAAAGUGAAAAGUUUUCCCUUUAUUACCCAAUGUAGUUUCAACUUUUCAUAUGUUUUCUAUGCACUAUUUUCAAUUUAAUAUGGGUGCCAAAUUACUUCAAAAAGAGAUCAGUUCCCACCAAGCCUCAGCGUAUGAUAAUAUAUUCAACCUGAGUUCUUUGGUGUGUUUUUAAAAUGAUGUGAAUUUUCAUUGAAAAGUGUUGGUUUGCUACAGUGGUUAUGAGUUGUAAGCCAGUUUCUCUGUUUAAAGCUGAUAAAAGACAAAAGGUCUCAUGUGUCUAUCAUACAGUCAGGGAACGUUUUUUUCAUAUUCAAGUAAUUCACAUCUAACUUCAAUUGAAAAGAUCUCAAAUGUGUCCUUCUGUGUUCAUAUUUCCACUAGACCCAGGAGUCCCUGAACCCCAACAACCUGGAGUACUGGAUGGAGGACGUCUACACCCCGGGCUUUGAUUCGCUGCUGAAAAGGAAGGAGGCGGAGUUCAGGAGGGCGAAGGCGUGUAAGAUCGGCGCUCUGAUUGCAGCUGCUACCUGCACCGUGAUAUUGGUCAUCGUUGUUCCUAUUUGCACCAUGAAAACAUGAAUGAUAGUUUGAAUCCUGCCUGUGCGAGCUGUGGGUGAGUGUGCAGCAGAUGGACUGAUAACGUGGACUAACCGGGACUCUGUCUGAUGGAGGUUUGUAAUUUUUAAUGCAGUAUUUACUUCAGGUGGUCUCUCUGCCAAUAUAAACCCCAUUAGGACAGCUAUUGUACUCUAGAAAUGAAAUCAGCAAGUGCAUACUAUCUAAAGUGUAUAUAAAGGUUUAACAGUAGUAGUUUAUUGUAUUCUUAUAAACUGGGAGCUCAUGGAUUGACUCGUCUGUCUCUAACACCUGCAGCAGAUGAACUGAACCAGAUUUGUUAUUAACGUAGCCAGCGUAUGAUAUUUUUAUUUUUCCUAUAUUUAUUGUACAGCGUAUUUUGAUCAAAGUUAUUUUUGAUGAAUUAUCUGGUUGAAUGUGAGAAUUAUUUUUAUUUUAUUAUCUUUCUUCAAUAACAGCAGGCAUUUUAGGUAAUGAACUUUGUGCGAUACAUUUUUCUAAUUAGAAACACAGUAUAUUGAAGUAGUUCAUAAUAAAGAUGUACAUGUACAUAGGCUGCAGGCACAUUAUGACUGCACAGAUAAACUGAAUGUAUCAAUAGCCUGCUCAAUUGUAAAGCAAUGACGAGAGGAGGAGUAAUUGAAUGUUGAGGCGUAACCAUCCAUCAGCUCAUAGCAGCCCUCCAUAUGAAACACUCCGUCUCUCCUUCUUCCUUUUUCUUCACUUUUUGUUUUCUGUGAGGCUCACCUGAGCGGAUUGCAGGGCUCAGCAUUAUUGAUUACACUCGUUUCCCACACCAGCACAGAGUAAACAGCAUCACCAACAAGCCUCUCAGCAGGCUCACCCAUCCGUGUGCUGCUGCAGGUUUUUAAUGCCUUAAAGCCGAGACUCUUCUGUAGCGCAGACAACCCACCAUUAAAGUCCACCUAGUUCCACCUAAUCCAGACUAAAAGCCUCUUUCUGACCUCACUAUAAGUCGGACUGUUAGUUAAAGUCAACAGUCAAAUCAUGGUGUAAAGAACCUUGAGAUGACACUGCUAACCCUGUGUGUUUGUUUUCUAAAUUGCACCAUGGUGCUCACAAGAAACAGCAUGAAAGCCUGAAAUUAUAUUAAAAAGGAAGACUCAGAGUUGGGCUGUUAAUUACAUUUUUGGAUUAUUUAUUUUCUGUCUGGCCCUGAGGUUCUUCACAGGAGCUCAUUCACAGGAGGUCUAAAAGACGAAAAGACAAAACAAACCAGCACUGGGUUGCUUCGGUUUAAGGUUUAAAUGUUGCCUGGUUGUGAUUUAAAGGCACUAUAAGAAGUUUUUAACUGGUUGAGGAACAGACAGAAAAUUAUCCUGAUGCUUCUGGAUCGAAGUCCAUGUAUUCCUAUCGUAGACUUUAUAUAGAAUGGACAGCAUCUGCCUCCUCACUGAGUGAAGCCACUCUGAGAACAGCACCAUCUGUUAAUGGGCUGCAGUAUAGGUCAUAAAUCCCGCCUCCGCCAGCAAAGCUUAUGGAGCUGUGGACAAACUUUAGAAAUUUAUUACACAGUACAUAAAUAUUUCUCCCCCAUUUGUGAUGUUUACAUGUAGUUAAAGUAAGACUGGUUUGUGCUCAAGUCUUAUUUUUUCCGUGCAGUUCCAUUUUUAAAAGUUAUUAGGGGGUUCAUGUUUUCUUUGAUUGACACCUGAUACAGCCUAUUGGCAUUCAGGGAUUGCGUAGCUCACCCAGGGGGAUACGCUGUUUGAGACGAGCGUCAUCACAGCGACUCUCGGCGACUCUUCGGUGAAUGCGCACAAAGCUACUGUGCAAUGCUGGUUUCCGGAAAUGAAGAAAAAUUGCAUUAAUACCAAGAGCUAUUUGGCUUCAAAUCCGUAUGCAGGCGGGAAGCAGAACCAAGUUGUCCAUAGUAUAUACAGUCUAUGAUUCCUAUCCUGAGAAUUUUAAGGCCCAAACCUGCAGUGAGAGAGUAGGUAUCAAACUGAAGCUCCUUUUUUCAUGAUAUCUACUCACAAUGUGUAAAAUAUUUAAGCAACUAAAGAUAAAAGGAGGAGGUUUUGUACAGAAUAAAGGUCCUUUCACACCCGGACUGUUUUUCAGGUGUGAUUUUUCGGACGUCAAUAUUUUUUUCUGAACCCGUAUCCUGUCAAUACAAGCGUUCACGUCUGUGACAUUUUCCCGUCCUGCGAUAUUGCGGCAUUUAUUUUUUCUGAUCACAGUUGAUUUUUCUAAAGAUUCGCAUACUGUGUGUCCACUUCGGACCAAUCAGAUUGCGUGUUGUUGCGACGUCAGAUUCACCGGUAUAUCCGACAUGGCCGACCAGCUGAUCGUUUAUGUGUCGGAGAACACAUCCCAUUGAUUAAAAUUUUCCUGAAGGUUUUGAGUCAAAGUUUUAAUUUUUCAUGGGCAGAAACAGUUAAGAAAGGGGCUGUUCACUCAUUUCUACAACAGUUUUUGGUGAGUUUACUCUAUUAGUUUGGAUGAACCUGAUGUCUACAUCGUGCAAUCAAACCAAAAAUAACUCAAGCUCAGUCAGCGUUGCAUCUGCAACAGCUCACAGAAGCAGCAGAAAGAGUAGGGAGGCUGAAACAGAGCGCCCAAUUUGACAUUUUCUAACUACAUGCAUGUUGCUGUGUGGGCUGACUUUGAACUAACACUUUGCUCAAUUUACAAACUAGUCUGUUCAAACAAAUGGUCUGAGGAGGAUUUUUCACCCUUAUGUAAGACACGACUCAGACAGAGAUGGUGCAGCAUACCUCUGAUGAUGAAAACCAGUAAAACACUGAAGACAGCAGUCUGGUGUGAGGAGGAUGGUUUUCUCUGGGGCUUUUCUGCAGGGUUUCCAGGGGCUGCAAGCUGAGCUGUCACAAUCUUUCGCUUGUGUUGGAAAUCUAGAGCUGUGUAGGAGUUUCAGGACACCCAGAUGACUCAUGCUUGAUUAUUUACUGAAGAAAUGACACAGAGGAACAACUACCAAACAGUGGGGGAGAUUUCUCAAGGUUUUGCUCAAAGGCAGAGUAUCUCAUGCACUUAUUAUAUUCUAAAAGUAGCAUCUGUUUUUACCCCCCCUCUAUGAUUCAUCACUCUAAAACAUUCAGGCUGUGACCCCCUAAUCUCAGGUUUAUGACUGACCUGAUUAAUGUGGUGUCAUUCCUUGAAACCUUUUACUAAAGAAUGCCUGUAAAAUGCCUUCAAAGCUUGUCUUAAUAUUAUUAAAAAGCAGAAACCCACAUGAAAAAAUCUGCAUUUUUCUUGAAGCAGAAACCUCGGGAUCAGAUUGCUCUCUUAGAAGACACCAGACUUCAUUCACGUCUCAAAACACUGGCGUUUCUUUUCUUCAACUGCUUAUUGUUGAAACUGCUGUUUGACUUUCUUGUCUUCUGCUUUGUUCUGAUCAAAACGAAAAGUGUUUGACACACACAAAGUGAAAUUGUCUGGCGGCUUUGAAUAGAGCAGUGUAAUGGCUUUUUAAAAGAUUAUCUCUAACAAAAGGUCUCUCUCUGCGAGGACCCGAUUUGUAACAUUUUUAGACACUAAAAGAAUCAAAUCUGAAGCUGUCAGAGGUAAAAACGAAAACUUUUAAUGGAUACUCUUUCUCUUUUUUCACUAGCUUCUCUCUCUUCUCGCUUCUCUCGUCAGCAGUACUCAGUAUUACAAAGUUAGAAAAGUUGUCUCAAGGCAAUUUGGCUUCCUUAUUGACCCUUAAAUUUGUUUUAAAAUGCUCUCUGUGUAUGUUUUUAGUACAGAUUUUUUUCCAGUAAUGAGAAGGAAUCGCUUCUGGGAGAACAUCGGUGACUUGUGCAGGAGUUGCAUGCUUGUCACUGUUUUUUUUUUCAGAGUGAACAGGAUCUUAUUUGAGAUAGUGUUGGGAAAACUGGUCUAUUAUUUGACCACCAUUAUCCUGGAUAAAGGGCUCAAAAGUUGCCUGAAAUCUGUUGACAAAUUCGGUUAAUGUGAUAUUCGCUUUACAACAGCUAGCACUAGCAGCUCAAGUAGCUACAGUAGCUAACCAAAGAGUGUCUAUAGAAUGGACGCUGUCUGCCUCCUUGCUGAGUGAAUCCACCCUGAGAACAGCACCCUCUGGUGACGGGCUGCAGUAUAGGUCAUAAAUCCCGCCUCCUCCAGCAAUCCCUAUGGAGCUGUGGACAAACUUUAGAAAUUUAUAACAAAGAAUAAAAAAUUUUCUCCCCCCUGCUUGCGAUGUUGACAUGAAGUUACUGUAAGACUGGUUUGUGCUCAAGUCCUCUUUUUUCUGUACAGCUCCGUUUUUAAAAGUUAUUAGGGGUUCAUGUUUUCUAUGAUUGACACUUGAUACAGCCUAUGGGUGUACAAAGUUAAAAUAACUAACCCAGGGGGUACGCUGUUUGAGCCAAGCGUCAUCACAGCAACUCUACCACUGAAUGUGUACAAGUGAUAGUUCCAGGAAGUGGAGAAAAUCCAGGAAAUACCAAGUGCAAUUCAGCUUCAAAUUCGUCUAAUGAUGGACAGCAGAACCGAGUUGUCCAUACUAUACAGUCUAUGUAGCUAACAUAGAUUGUAAGCAGAACUAUGAGCUGAACAAAAAGACUCUCACACAAUGCCUCAGCGAUUUGUGUCACAUAUUUCAGUAUUAUUGUAGAGAUAACCCUGCUCCAUCAUAAUUUGGAUAGGUCAGUGAGAUAGAAGUGGUGACCCUUGUAGAGUUCUGUGAACACAGCGACCAAAAACAGCCGACAGUGAGCGUGGUUUGGUUUUGGACUAAGCACUAAAAACACUGAACUGGAUUAGAAAAGCGAAUAACAUCCAGUCAGGACCACUGAAAUCUAAGAAAAAGAUUAUUUGGAUGCCAUUAGUUCAAACAGAGUGCCCAUGUUGAUUUCAGCCAAUUAGAUGCAUUAAAGGGAAAUCUCAAAUGACUCUAUGCUGAUAAAAACCUGCAGCAGCUCACAGUGUUUAACCUCCACAGCCCACGAACAAACAUGGAUUUUAUAUAUGGAAGUAACCUGCUCUUGUGUGUUAUCAGCCUCACAUGAAGUUUCUUAUCUGCUGUAUGGAGAUGUUUUAUUGUGCAAAUGUCUGAACCUUGUACAUGAAAGAAUCUUCAGUGACAUUGUAGAAGAAACAAAGAUUAAACACACUGGCUCAGUGCAAGUUCACAUGUUGUAUCAUCAAACAAAGACCUGAAGGAUAAACCCCUUUGAAUGUAACACAUCCUUUUUUUUAAAUUGUACUUGUUAACUGAGUUUGAUCCAUACUGUGUUUGUAAGUCAGAUGCUGAGCACAGAUGUGAGCUAAGUGCUGCUCUGCGGGUUUCUCUAUCUGUUUACCAUCCGCUGCAUCGUAUCUGCCUUCAUACAGGAACGUGAGCUCAGCACACUGUACCAGUCUGUAAAUACUUUCAGGACCGAGGCACAUUAUAGGAGCAGCUGCUAACUGGAAUAUUACCAAUAAAAACGUCUUGUUCUGACUGUUCAUG